GUUGUGUUGUGAAGUGCACGUCGACGUCGUGGAUGCUGUGUUACAUGUGUAUCUGUUGUAUAUGCUAUUUACACGUGGAAUCCCGCAGUUGUUUUGAUCCUGGGAGUUUUAUAGAAUAUGCCACUAGUAAGAAGUUCUCAAGAUUUCGUCCCAUGAGAAACUAAACCACUGCCCUCAACCACAGCGCUGAAGAUGAAUCGAACUAAGGUCCUCAAGGGGAUGAGUUCGAGCAUGCGCCGUUCAGAGUAUGACGACGCUCUCCUACAGAAUAACGCUCGCUUCGAUAACAGGCUAAACCGCGACAUACGUCAGGUGGAGAAGGCCAAGAAGGUCAUCUCCAGGGGAUACGAGAAGGAAAGUCAGUGGCUGAAGCAGAAACUGGCCGCGUCUCCAGCCUACACCAGCAGACGAGGGACUUUCCCUUUUGUUACCAGUCUAAGCGCCAGAGGUCACGGGGUCAACAGGUCUGCGCCAUUUUCAAGACUGGUACCCGAUUGGGAUCGCGCACCACCCACAACAACAACAGCAAGUCCACACAACAACCAUCAUCACCAUGGCAUCGACGUUUUAGACGAAUCAAAAUCUCCAAGAGAAAAGAAUGAAACGUCAAAGACGCCUGCUCUGACCAAUGGACACUUAGAUCACAAACCUCCGGAAAUACGUCUGCCAGAGAAUGCCGAAGAGUGCUCGGAAACGAGCGAAGACAACGAGGCAGAGACGAAGGUGCUGAAACCGAGGAGACACAAAGUUCCCGACCAUUUCUGGGAGAACCUGAGUGCUCCGAAACACAAGUCGAACGUGCGGGUCGUGCGCGACAGACUGGAAGACGAGUUCAAACAGACUAGCACCAAGUCUAGUGUACACAAAUCAAAGAGUUCGCCAGCUAUGUCAGCAGUUACGAAGAGCAAAUCAGCUCGGAAGUAAAAGUGUGUUUGCGCAAUAAUAAAAAAAAGAAAAGAAAAGAAACUAAAAUAAAUAUAAAUGAUUUGGUGCAUAAAACCAUCGUCAUUGCCAAGGCUGAGAAACCUUCUGAGCUUGGAGUCUUUGAGACCGCUGGUCAUCAGAAAUGUCCCCCCCCCCCCCCCCACACACACACAGUUGACCUUUAUGACCUGCACGUGACCUAGUGAAUAUACGUGACGUAUCGGUGUGGAUUUCGGCUAAUAUAUGUUGUAUGUUACUGGCUGAAUAUUAUAAUCCUACUAUGAAACAAUGUUGUCCAAAACAAAGAGUCAUAAUCCUACUAUGAAACAGUGUUGUCCAAAAGAAAGUAUUAUAAUCCUACUAUGAAUUUUUUUUGUUUAGAAUCAGGCAUCAUAAUCCUACUAUGAAACAAUGUUGUUUAGAAUCAAGUAUCAUAAUCCUACUAUGAAACAAUGUUGUUUAGAAUCAGGCAUCAUAAUCCUACUAUGAAACAAUGUUGUUUAGAAUCAGGCAUCAUAAUCCUACUAUGAAACAAUGUUGUUUAGAAUCAGGCAUCAUAAUCCUACUAUGAAACAAUGUUGUUUAGAAUCAGGCAUCAUAAUCCUACUAUGAAACAAUGUUGUUUAGAAUCAAGCAUCAUAAUCCUACUAUGAAACAAUGUUGUUUAAAAUCAAGUAUCAUAAUUCUACUAUGAAACAAUGUUUUAUAAACCCAUAUAUCAUAAUCCUUCUAUAAACCAAUGUUGUCCAGAAUCAUGCAUCAUAAUCCUAGUGUAAAACAAUGUUGUCCAAAACCAAGCAUCAUAUCCUAUUAUGAAAAUAUAUAAUUUAAACUCGAGCUUAAUAAUCCUACUAUGAAAUAAUGUUCUCCAAAGCCAAGUAUCAUAAUCCUACUAUGAAACAAUGUUGUCCAAUACCAAACAUCAUAAUCCUACUGUGAAACAAUGUUUAGAACCAAACAUCAUAAUCCUACUGUAAAACAAUGUUGUCCAAUACCAAACAUCAUAAUCCUACUGUGAAACAAUGUUGUCCAAUACCAAACAUCAUAAUCCUACUAUAAAACAAUGUUGUCCAAUACCAAACAUCAUAAUCCUACUAUAAAACAAUGUUGUCCAAUACCAAACAUCAUAAUCCUACUAUGAAACAAUGUUGUCCAAUACCAAACAUCAUAAUUCUACUGUGAAACAAUGUUGUCCAAUACCAAACAUCAUAAUUCUACUGUGAAACAAUGUUGUCCAAUACCAAACAUCAUAAUCCUACUAUGAAACAAUGUUGUCCAAUACCAAACAUCAUAAUCCUACUAUGAAACAAUGUUGUCCAAUACCAAACAUCAUAAUCCUACUAUGAAACAAUGUUGUCCAAUACCAAACAUCAUAAUCCUACUAUGAAACAAUGUUAUCCAAUACCAAACAUCAUAAUCCUACUAUGAAACAAUGUUGUUCAAUACCAAACAUCAUAAUUCUACGGUGAAACAAUGUUGUCCAAUACCAAACAUCAUAAUCCUACUAUGAAACAAUGUUGUCCAAUACCAAACAUCAUAAUCCUACUAUGAAACAAUGUUGUCCAAUACCAAACAUCAUAAUCCUACUAUGAAACAAUGUUGUCCAAUACCAAACAUCAUAAUCCUACUGUGAAACAAUGUUGUCCAAUACCAAACAUAAUCUUAUUAUGAAACAAUGUUGUUAAGACUCGAGCUUAAUAAUCCUACUAUGAAAUAAUGUGUUCCAAACCCAUGUAUAUACAAUCCUACUAUGAAACAAUGUUUUCCAGAACAAAACCUAAUAUUAUUUUUUCAUAAUCAGGAUUUCUGAACACGGAAUCUUAUUUUUAUUUAUGUAUUUGUGUAAAAUGUGUUUGAUCAUAAUAAUUAAAUCUAAUACUGUACUCCGAACCAUAGACAGACGGUUAUAGCUCUGUUGGUGUCGGUAUCCUGAUUUUAUGUGAGAAUACUGCUAGAGGACCCUCGAGAUCCAGAUAUGUUAAAAUCGGUUACACGUCCAGUGUCUACUGACAAACGGUAUGCAACGUUGUAAUAUGCAAACAUUUUAAACCAGAGACACCCUUUUCAUCCGUCCACUUACUAAAUAACCGUCCAUAUGAACUGAAAGAUAGCACUUACAAAAAUACAGCAGUAUUCAGGGGCGUGUGAAGGAAGUUUAGUAGGGAAAGGGGGUCUAGACUGUGGCGACCGACAUUUAUAGGGGCAGGGGGUCGAAUCGUGUAUUCACGGAAAAUAUAUUAAGAAAAACGAAAAUUCACUUAAGCAGGAAGAGGUUUCAACCUCCGAACCCCCCACCCCCUCACACGCGCCUGUUAUUUUUUUAUAUUUCUGGACAUUAAAAAUAAUAAGGACCUAACAAAUAUUGAGAUUCAAAUCAUUCGGGUCUCCUCGACUGCUUAUACGAAUCAUACCACGGACGUACGAUUGUUACCGAUAUGUUGGAUACAUGUUCUGCUGCCAAGCAAUACUAAAUUACAAAAACACACGACUACCAUACUCCUUAGAUGAAUAAUGUUAUAAAAAGUUAGAAUGUUUGUAUUUGUGUUUAUUUUAAAAUCCGAUAAUAUAACCAAUAUGAGUUAUUACUAUGAACAACACUAACUUUUUAAAGAUGCCAGUUGUAUUUCUAGUACAUAAAUAUAAGUGGCAGUCAUCCUACGCACAAAGUGGGGAAAAUAAAAUAAGUUUGUUUUGUUUAACGACAACACUAGAGCACAAUGAU